AUAUACAAAAGAGGUAUUCAAGUGCAGUUCUCAUUCAUACAGAUAAAAUAAAGGAAAUAACAACUAAACACAGGAUAUCGCGGUGGAUAUAAAACCCAGUGAGAAAAUGUACAAGUCAGAUACUCUAGCACAAGAACAACAAUUAGAAAGACAAUAUGGGGAGCAUGAAAUUGAUCAUUGUAGUAUUGGUGGUUGCUAUGGUGAUUUGUGAUGCCAUCCCUGCCCCAGGAAGGGGAGGGGGUAGACGUGGAAGGGGCCGAGGAAGACAGGGACGUCAACGAAAUCGCCAAAAUCGUCGUGAUAUUGUUCGAGAGAACUGUGCUGGAGAAGAUGAUGUUGAUAAGGUCUUCAAAAUUGAUUGCAACUGGUGCACCUGUUCAAACCGCCCUGGACUGGCUGCAUGUACUAUGAUGUUAUGCCCAAAACCAGGACGACGUCCCCCAGUAAAAGCCUGUGGAAAUCACACAGUUGGUGAGGCAUACUUUGACGGCUGCAACACAUGUAGUUGCACCCCUGUUGGACCCCUAUGUACAAUGAGGGAAUGCCUGGAUGAUGCUCUCAUCGAUGAUGAAUCUCAAAUCCCUGAUCCAGAUGUGGAAGAAGAUCGCGAAAAGCGUUCAAUUAGUGAUGAGACCAUUGAGCUCAUAAGAGACAUGGAAGAAGUUGAAAUCUCAGAAUCCAAACGUCAAAAACGAUGGACUAGUCCCUUUCCAAGAAAACAUUGUCAUGGACGCAAAGAAGAAUGGCGGAUGUCCUGUAACACAUGCUGGUGUACACAACAAGGGUUCCCAAUAUGCACCAUGAGAUACUGCAAUGAUGACUUCCCUUUCAGGAACAAGCGCUCUACAGUUUAUUCGCAUGAACAUCAAGUGAAAUUAGAUUUACAAACCAGACUAGAGCUCUUGAUGAUUUGUGGCCCCGACAGGGAAAUAGGGGAUAGCUGGAAUGAUGGCUGCAAUCUGUGUGGAUGUACAGCAUAUGGACCCAUAUGUACCAUGAGAUAUUGCCUGAGCCCGCAAUUACAAACUGAGAACAAUUUUGAAAACUUCGAAAUCUAGUCAGCUGACAGUGGAAAUCACUGCGCAUUAGGGUAGCACUGCAGAAAAUAACAAUUGUCGAAGAGGGUGAAAUUACCUGCAGCACAGAAAUUAAGUAUCAAGUAAAUUAAAUGAUGGUAGAAUAAAUCUAACAUUAUGCUUGGAUACUUACAUGUACAUUCACAGUAUUUGAGUACUCAAAACAUGUAUGAAACAUUUCUAGCCAUAAAUUGAAACAUAACCAGUGAUAUCGUUAUAAUUUGACACCUACAAAU